AAUUUUUAAUUAACGAUAUUAAAUCACAAUCUGAAUGCACGAUUCUUGGAUCUCCUCGAACUUUCACCAAAUGACUUUGCUUUCUUUCACCAAAUCCGGAAAGGAAGAAAGUUUAAGCGCGUUCAAAUAAUUCUUUAACGAACGAACGAACGAACGAACGAACGAACGAACCAUCGAUUGAUUUUCAACGAGUAAAAAACGAAUUAAUCGGUUGACGUGCGAAGAAAACAAUUCUACAACGCAAUAAUUGCUCAUGAAAAUCUUUUGAAUAUUAUUCAUGAUUCAAACUACUCAAAUUCUGUAAAUAUUUUCCUCCGUCAUUAUCAAACUAUGUUUUAUCUAAUUUAGCGUUUCUUUUAUUCAACUUGAAAUUUUUCCUUUCCAUUGAAAUUUUUCCACGAACAUAAAACUCAUAACAAGUUGUAAUAAUAUUAUAUACUAUUCUUAUAACGUUAAUUAAUAGUUUAUAGUUGUAGGAUUAGUAAUGCAUCAAACGAAAAAAAAUAUGUAAACGAGAUUCGUCGAAAUACUUGAAGAAUAUAUUAAGCUACUGUCCCAAAGUAGAUAGAAGGUCGGUUAACCGUAAACAGAAAGAAGGAAAGAAAGGGUGAGUGAGAGAAGCAAAAUAGCCAAUGGUACAUAAAUCAGUAAAUACAAGUUUAUGAUACGUAUCUGUGUCUUUCUCGAUUAAAAUCGGAUUGAUCGAUUAUUUUAUUCGUUUUGAUUCGAUGUUGUUCAUCUUUCAAAGAAAACAAAAGAGACCUUGUUAUAAAAAAAUUUCUCUUUUCCUAUUCGGAUUAUAAAAUGUUUCAAAUAUUCGCUAGGUGUGAAACUACUAGAAAAAUACAAAUGGAAAUAGAACAAAAGUUUAAGAAAAAAACAAGGGUAAAACAUGUGGAAGCAACCCUUCGGAGAAACUAAGCUGCCGAAAGGCAAAUAUUAGAACUACGGACAGGUGUCCUGAUUUUCUAUUUCUUGCUAAAAAAAAAGAAAGAAGCGAAAAAAACGUAUAGAAAAAGAAAAUGAGCACGAGAGAUAUCUAGGAGAGAGAGAGAGAGAGAGAGAGAGACACACACAGACAGAGUUUUAUCAAAAAGUAAACAACGAAGUUAACAAUUCGAGUUAUUGGCAAAACACAAAAAAAAGAAAGUAACAUCAAUGUCGAAGUUAAUGUCGGUCGACGCUCCUAUACCAAGAACCCUAAUUUUUCAAGUGAGGGAGCAUGAAUGGCAGGAGGGGGGGGGAGGAAGGAAGUAAAGUAUGUCAGAGAAAGAACAACUCUCUCUCUCUCUCUCUCUCUCUCUCUCGAUACGAUACGAUACGAUACGAUACAAUAAGACGAAGAUAGGAUGAGGUGAAAGAGGUGCAGGAGGGUGGAGAGAGGGAAGAAAAUAGAGAAAUAUAGAGGAAUGACUGACUCUACGAGAAAGAGAAAGAAAGAGAGAGAAGAUCCCAUAGCCGUGACAUUGCGCGCGCGCAUUUCUCUUAACAGCCGUGGUCACGUUUACGCCGACGUACUAUCGAUCCUAUUCCCCUGUAUGCUACCGCCUUCUUCUUCUUCUUCUUCUUCUUCCUCUUCCUUCUCCUCCUACACUCCUCAAGACCCAUUUCACUAUCACUAUCUUUCUUUUUCUUUCUUCUUUUUCAUCCCAGUUGGUGAGUUCUUUUUUUUCUGCAUAUCUGUGAACAACACAUCUUUUAACAAGAAGACAUCGGUGUAUUCGUUAUAAUCGUGCAAUUCCUUCUUUUGCUAAUAACAUAAGUUCUUAUGACAACAUUCAUGUCAAAGUUUUGUAAUAAGUGUUUUUACUACUCGUGUGUAUUUCCUGUAAUUUCAAAUUCCACCCCAAUUUAAUGUGAUUUUGUUAAUUAUCUCAGAAAAAAAAAUAAAAUAGAGAGAAAGAACAAUUAUUGAAUGGGAUUGUUUAAAGAAAAAGAAGAUAAGAGUUAAUCAAGGUUCGUCCGUUCUUGAGAAGAAAAGCGGAUGUGAAUUGGUUUGAUCGUUUGAUCGACAAGAUGUUGACGUGCUGGGAAAAGAUCUCUUUGGUUGUCCUAACUGCUGUGGGCUUGCGAAUUUUAAUAAGAGGAGGUCUACUCGCAUGGAGAAAAUUAUUAGCACCUAAUUUAGGCUUAGGUGUAGAUUUAACGAGUCAAGGUAGAUGGGCAGUAAUCACAGGGGCAACCGAUGGGCUCGGUAAAGCUUUCGCUAAGGCUUUUGCUAGCAAAGGACUCGAUAUUGUGCUAAUCUCAAGAUCAUUGACAAAACUGAAAGAUGUUGCAACCGAAAUAAAAGAGGAAUACGGAGUUGAGACCCGUGUCGUGGAAGCUGAUUUAACCGAAGGUCAAGUGGUUUACUCUAAAAUCGCUGAAGCUAUUGAAGAACUCGAGGUUGGCAUUCUUAUUAAUAGUGCUGGAAUGAGUUACGAACAUCCAGAAUUUCUAACAAACGUUCCAGAAGAUACUCUAAAUAAAAUAUUACAAUUAAACGUGGCUGGUCUUACCGGUACAACAAGGGUGGUUCUACCAGGCAUGAUAAAAAGACAGAAGGGUGUUGUCAUUAAUAUUAGUUCGAUAAUUGGUGAUAUUCCAAGUCCAUAUUUAACAGUCUAUGCAGCUAGCAAAGCUUAUGUCAUUAAAUUCAGUGCUGAUUUAGCUGCGGAAGUAGCUUCAUAUGGUGUUAUCGUGCAGUGCGUUCUUCCUGGAGUAGUUUCUACCAAGAUGACUAAAAUUAAAAAGCCAACAUGGAUGGCACCGACACCUGAUAAGUUCGUCGAGGCAACAUUAAAAACUGUAGGAAUCGAAUCGCUAACAACUGGAUAUCCUCCACACUAUUUAAUUUACGGAUUUAUGAAGACUUUGAUAUGCGUGUGUAAGAAGGGUGCUAUGUGGUUAGUGACCAGAACGAUGCUCAAUUUAAGAGGACGUGCUCUUCGAAGAAAGAUCAAGGAACAGAAGCAAAUGAAAGAAAUAACGCAAAGCGAUGAUCCCCUUACGGAAUAAAUUUCUCCAAGCCAUGUUUUUUGUCAUCUAUUAUUAUCCUAAUUCACGGGAUUUCUCUUUCUACGAAAAAUGAUUGUAUUACUUACUUAUCAAGUAUACAUGUGCCUGUGUGUGCGUGUUUAAAUGCUGCGAAUCACAGGAGUCCUCGUACCAGCUUAAAUUGUAAAUUUUUAAUAAAUUGUCUUUUUUUAUUUUA